AUGGACCAGCGACUCCCGUAUGAGCUCUGGAGACAAAUAUGCCUCCUGCUUUCACGACAAGAUCUGUCUGUUUUUAUGGCUAUCAACAAUGCUUGCUAUCGAAUAUCCGCGCCUCUCUACUACGAAUCGCUCACCAUCAAAUUCUGGAACACCCAGUCCCUCCAGGCUGUGGUGUCAGAGAUAGCCGAGACUGGCCUUGGGCGCCGAUUCAUGAGUCACGCUAAGAAGCUCCGACUGAUAUGUCUUCCGCAGCCCGCCCAAGACGCUCCCGACGAGGACUGGAGAUCACAGCACUGGGCCACGGAAUUCAUUUAUUCGCCGCCGCCUGCGUCGAUGCCAAUGAACACCUUUCUCGAGCCUCAUAUCCUUGGGUCUAGCUCGGUCCCUGAACUGAAAAUCAUCAGUGCUCGCUAUGCCGUAUUCAAGGACAGAAACUGGGAUCCGGUGACUUCCUUAAUCGCCCGCCUCGCUCACCUGGAAGGCCUAGACUUCGUCAUGCAGAAUGACUUCCCAGGCUCUCUGCAACAGGCGAUCGAUCAAUAUCAUCCCGCCUGUCGGAUCAAUAUUUGGUGGCGGCAAGGCGUGGGAUACAGUGCGCCUACCCUGAGGCAGAGGCUGGCCACAAACCAAGUACGCCUCCGUGAAGAGCAUGAAUUUGAUUUCGAUGUCCUGCGACUUCAAGGUCUUUCCAAUUUAGCCAUCUCUACAAUAAGCCAAUGGGGAUCGCCUGAAUCGGACUUCGAUGACCUUGACGAGAUGUUCCCUUUUGUCUUUAUGGCGCCCAACCUCAAGCAUCUUGUCAUCCAGCAAAAUACCGACGCGGAUACGCGGACGCCUAUCGCCAUGCUGAAGGAAGAAUGGCGGAAUCUGGCCACCACGUAUCGCCCGACCCAAAUCGCUUGUCUCGAGUCGAUUACACUAUCAACGAAACACGAGCGUCUACUGCUGCGACUCACGAGCGCGUUCGAUCUUUCGCUUCUAAAAUCGCUCGACAUCGACGAAUACGCCGAUGCUGCUGUUUUGGCACAAUUAGCGCCUGCAUUCCCGAGACUUGAACGUCUCCUCAUCCAGGCGAAUCCCAUCGCGCGGCCUGAUCCAGAUGUGUACGCUGACAUCCCCGAAGUUCUAACCGCGAUCAAAGCCUUUGUGCCGUUAAAACACCUCUGCCUGCGCGGUCUGCGCAGCGUUACUAGUCUUAUGUAUAUACUUGAGAGCCACGGACCCUCAUUACGCGGCCUCAUACUUCAGCCAACUCUUCGAGCACGUCCUCGGAGCGGCAGGGAUACAGGGUACAAAUACCCAGAGGUCACUGCCUCCGAUAUUACGCCACUAGCAAAGAAUUGCCCAAAUCUAGAAGAAUUGCGGCUACAGCUCAAGCGCUCGCGGGGAUCCCGCGAGGAAUGCGAGGCCUACAAAGCUCUCGGUGGCUUUCGCGCUCUCCACAGCCUGGUCCUGGAUCUCCAUUAUGAUCCGCGGCGACGGCCCGUCCUGCAAGCUCCAUCGAGCCGGGAGACCGAUCUGGAUAUCCUCCGAGAAACAUUUGCCAACGCAGCGAUGGAUGAGACGCUCGCAGGCGCGAUCUGGAAUCUGAUAUCAACCAGUCAAGCCUCACGCCGCCUGCGCAACCUGCGUCUGGUUCCCUUUGGCGCUCAUCCCUUCCCGUACCCGGAGACUCAUCUUCUUGCCGGGUUUGCUCGAUCGCUCUUGCUCUGUGUGUCUAGUGAGCGUGGCCCGCUGAGCAUAGAGGAAGUUGGAAAGGAGGCCAGGGACGCAUGGCGGGAAGAACAAAAGGCUAAUCGUGACGAGGACUUUCAGCUCCCCGAACGACUGGACCGGCUCUGUCGUGAGCUCUGGCCUGCUGGGUCGAAGGAUGACUGGGUAACUGGGUGGAACAGUUUUCCUCUGGAGGUAGAGGACGCAUGA